AGGAAAUGUGGGACAUGUGGAUUUGGGAUAUGAAUUCAUUUGAAAAACCACUGUGGGGUUAUGAACGUGAUUUCUGAUGAAACUGGAUUGGAAUAAUUUUCAUGAUCUUUGUAUAUUUAUAUAUAUAUAUAUAUUUUAAAAUUUUGCAUUUGACUUAAAGUGCCAUGAGAAAAUUUGCAUAUUGCAAGGUGGUCUUAGCCACCUCCUUGAUUUGGGUACUCUUGGAUAUGUUCCUGCUGCUUUACUUCAGUGAAUGCAACAAAUGUGAUGAAAAAAAGGAGAGAGGGCUUCCUGCUGGGGAUGUUCUAGAGCCAGUACAAAAGCCUCAUGAAGGUCCUGGAGAAAUGGGGAAACCAGUCGUCAUUCCUAAAGAGGAUCAAGAAAAGAUGAAAGAGAUGUUUAAAAUCAAUCAGUUCAAUUUAAUGGCGAGUGAGAUGAUUGCACUCAACAGAUCUUUACCAGAUGUUAGGUUAGAGGGGUGUAAAACAAAGGUGUAUCCAGAUAACCUUCCUACAACAAGUGUGGUGAUUGUUUUCCACAAUGAGGCUUGGAGCACACUUCUGCGAACUGUCCAUAGUGUCAUUAAUCGCUCACCAAGACACAUGCUAGAAGAAAUUGUUCUAGUAGAUGAUGCCAGUGAAAGAGACUUUUUGAAAAGACCUCUAGAGAGUUAUGUGAAAAAAUUAAAAGUACCAGUUCAUGUAAUUCGAAUGGAACAACGUUCUGGAUUGAUCAGAGCUAGAUUAAAAGGAGCUGCUGUGUCAAAAGGCCAAGUGAUCACCUUCUUGGAUGCUCACUGUGAGUGUACGGUGGGAUGGCUGGAGCCUCUCUUAGCCAGGAUCAAACAUGACAGGAAAACAGUGGUAUGUCCUAUCAUUGAUGUGAUCAGUGAUGAUACUUUCGAGUACAUGGCAGGCUCUGAUAUGACCUAUGGUGGAUUCAACUGGAAGCUCAAUUUUCGCUGGUAUCCUGUUCCUCAAAGAGAAAUGGACAGAAGGAAAGGUGAUCGGACUCUUCCUGUCAGAACACCUACAAUGGCAGGAGGCCUUUUUUCAAUAGACAGAGAUUACUUUCAGGAAAUUGGAACAUAUGAUGCUGGAAUGGAUAUUUGGGGAGGAGAAAACCUAGAAAUUUCCUUUAGGAUUUGGCAGUGUGGAGGAACUUUGGAGAUUGUUACUUGCUCACAUGUUGGACAUGUGUUUCGGAAAGCUACACCUUACACGUUUCCAGGAGGCACAGGGCAGAUUAUCAAUAAAAAUAACAGAAGACUUGCAGAAGUGUGGAUGGAUGAGUUCAAGAAUUUCUUCUAUAUAAUAUCUCCAGGUGUUACAAAGGUAGAUUAUGGAGAUAUAUCAUCAAGGCUUGGUCUAAGACACAAACUCCAAUGCAGACCUUUCUCUUGGUACCUAGAGAAUAUUUAUCCUGAUUCUCAGAUUCCACGUCACUAUUUCUCUUUGGGAGAGAUACGAAAUGUGGAAACAAAUCAGUGUUUAGAUAACAUGGCUAGAAAAGAGAAUGAAAAAGUUGGAAUUUUUAACUGUCACGGUAUGGGAGGUAAUCAGGUUUUUUCUUAUACUGCCAACAAAGAAAUUAGAACAGAUGACCUUUGCUUGGAUGUCUCCAAACUUAAUGGCCCAGUCACGAUGCUCAAAUGCCACCACUUAAAAGGCAACCAACUUUGGGAGUAUGACCCAGUGAAACUAACCCUGCAGCAUGUGAACAGUAAUCAGUGCCUGGACAAAGCCACAGAAGAGGAUAGCCAGGUGCCCAGCAUUAGAGACUGCACUGGAAGCCGCUCCCAACAGUGGCUUCUUAGAAACGUCACCCUUCCAGAAAUAUUCUGAGACCAAAUUUACAAAAAAAGAAAAAAAUAAGGAUUGACUGGGCUACCUCAGCAUACAUUUCUGCCACAUUCUUAAGUAGCAAAAAAGGAAAAGUGCUUUCCUCCUGUGGGAUGUAAGGUUUAUCAGCCAUUAAAACUUAGACUCCUCUCGCUUUUCACUUGCUGUGAACCAGCCUUCCUGUCAGAGGACGUGAAACUACAUAGUAGCGAGACUGUGCACACUGAUGUUUACAAGAUUGAAAGAGUCUUUCAUCAAGAGUCAUUGUAAAGAAUAUUCAGACAAUGAGACAACAAAACGUGCUUUCCGGAGAGCUGCACCUUUUAUGGUUUGCUUGCACAUCAGUAAUUUCUGCUGAACGUGCUGUCAUAAUGAAGAGAUUUCCAAGAUUUUUUUCUGAUUAGAACUGGUAGCCAGUAUAUUAAAUAUUGAUAUAAAAAGAACUGGAACCAGAUUCAGAAUCAUGAAAACAACAUUUUUACAACAAUUUAAAAAAAGCUAUAUUAAACAGGGUUUAAAGGAAAUUAGAACUAUGAGAAGUAAAAUUUGUUAUAGUAUAGUAUCAAAUUUCUAUAUAGAUUUUAUACCUCAGUGGGGAAAAAUAACUGAUUCCAAUGACAUUCAUUUUGUCUUCAUCUGUGAUAGUCAUGGAUGCUUUUUUUUCCUUGGGGUGCUGAAAUUGAGCUGAAAAAAGUGGCUCUUUGAACGUAGUUUUAAUUGCUUUCUACUAUUUUUUUAUUUGGUUGUGGGCUGUUGGAAUUGUAAUUUUUAAUUGCCGUUAAAAAUGGAGAUUUAAAAUAAUGUCUGGUCUCACUGAACAAGUUAGAUGUCUCAGUUGCUCUUGGGUCAACUGGCUUACAGACUUUCACACACACAUUCUUAUUAGAUUUUUCAACUUAAUUUGAUUCAGCUAAUUAUGCUUAAUACCCAAGAUUCAUACUACUGUACUACGGAUUUGUUUUCACAGCAAUAAAUCUCUUCAGUUCUUUGUUUAUGAUUCCACUCAACAAAAGGCCUACAGAAGUGAUUUAUUAUUUGGGUAUUUGGAGAGGAUACAGUUGAUGGUUUUUUGGAAAACUUUUUUCACUCCAUAUUCAGAUGUGCUUCACUGUCAAGUGCAUAUUUAGAUUAGGUUCUUGAAUUGUAAUGUUGAUUUGCUGCUUUUUUUUUAAUAAAAUUUGACUGAAAAUG